AAAAAAAAAAAAAAAAAGUCGCUGUUUAAAUCUCCAAUGAAUUACUAUCUCACAACAACCAAGUGAAUCGAAUGUCGUUUCUGAAUCCACACUAUAUUAUACACUAUAUACAGAUAUAGACAUAAAUAUAUUUAUAUGUGUUUAUAUUUUUCUUAAUGUUGACCAUGAAAAGAAAAAAGAUCAAUGAAGUUAUUUCUUAUAAUAAUUUAAAAUAUUCCGAAAAAUUCUCAUCUUUAGUGAAACAUGUUAAUGUAUACAUUUCAAAUCCUUCUAAUCCAACUUUGACUAGCCAUGUGAUUCAUAAAGAAAGUGUUAAAAAAGACUAUAGUUCAACGAUACUUGACAUUGUCAUUUGUUACGAUUAUUCAACUAUAGAAAUACUUGAAAGAUUAUUGAAACAUUCGACACCAUCUAUUAUUACCAUGUUAUUAGAUAUAAAAUAUGUUCAGCGAUCCAUGAUAAUUGACAAGGCUUGGUGUUCACGCAUGUGGGCUAUUGCUUCAAAAGCUCAUUUGCUUGCAGUUACUGGUGUAUAUUAUUCAAUGUUAGGUGGUGCGUUCUGCUCACUGGGUAAAAGUAACACAAAAUAUGCUUAUAAAGCUGGAGCGUUAGCAAUUGAGCAAAUCAAACUUGCUAAAAAACUAAAGGAUCCUAUAUUAGAGUGUAAAUGUUGGCUCUAUUUUGCAGAAGAUCUUAUUCAUUUGAAAGAAUUAGAAAAAGCUGAAAAAAUUAUUAAUCAUCAACGUGAAUUCAUCGAUUCAAUUGAAGAUGCAAUACUUGUGGCCAUGUUAGAAUCUGUUAUUAGAAAAAUAGAUAUUGCAAAAAGUAAAUGAAAGAUGCCAAUGGUGUUUGUUCAGUACCAAAAUAAAUCGAUAAAAGCGCCUACAAUAUACGAUAUUAUGAUGAGAUUGAUUAAUAAAAAUGUACAGAGCAACCAUUCAAAUCCCAAUGUCAUUUGCUUUAUGCAUUUCGACAAAAGCCCUGAAGACUGAAUUUCGUUUCUAGUUCUUGAUAUGGGCAAUUGAUCAUUGUUAUGUACCGACAUCUUUAUUCAUAGAUGUAUAUAUAUAUAAAAAAAAAAAGGGAAAAAGAACAACUAAUCUCA